AUGCCCAUCAAUCCAUCAUCAUCUUCUUCUUCUCUCUCCCACUUCAAACUCAUCGCACUUCUCACUGCAACUCACCUUCUGCUUCUUCCUCACUCUCACUCACACACCUAGAGAAGAACAAAGAAAUUGACCUUUCUUUGUAAACACAGUUUAGCUCAAAGUCUCAAACCCUGCAACAGUUUCGAAAAAAUGAAGACACUUCUUGUAAUAGUUGCGGUACUCUUGGCUAGUACUAGUUGGGCCGUGCGAGCAUGUCCGCCAUCAGACCGGGCGGCCCUGCUCGCUUUCAAAGCGAGCCUCCACGAGCCCUACUUAGGCAUCUUCAAAUCAUGGACUGGCACCGACUGCUGCCACAAAUGGUACGGUGUCAGCUGCGACCAGGGAACCCGCCGUGUCGCCGAUAUAAACCUCCGUGGAGAAUCCGAGGACCCUAUUUUCGAACGUGCCAAAAGAACUGGCUACAUGACCGGUACCAUCUCGCCGGCCAUCUGCCGCCUCACUCGCCUCUCCAGCAUCACCAUCGCCGACUGGAAGGGCAUCUCUGGCGAGAUUCCCCGGUGUAUCUCCAACUUACCAUUCCUCCGGAUCCUUGACCUCAUCGGAAACAAGCUCACCGGACCUCUCCCUUCUGACAUCGGCCGCCUCCAGCGCCUCACCGUCCUCAACGUCGCCGACAAUCAAAUCUCAGGUACCAUCCCCGAGUCUCUUACGAAGAUCUCGUCCCUCAUGCACCUCGACCUCCGCAACAACAAGAUUUCCGGUAAGUUGCCGCAAGAUUUCAACCGACUUACAAUGCUCAGCCGCGCUUUGCUCAGCAAGAACAUGCUCACUGGUCCCAUCCCUGCUUCUAUCUCUCAAAUCUACCGUCUCGCCGAUCUUGAUCUCUCUCUUAACCAACUCUCCGGUCCCAUUCCGGCCUCUCUAGGCAAAAUGGCCGUCCUCGCAACGCUAAACCUAGACUGUAACAACAUCACCGGAACUAUUCCCCCGAGUUUGAUAGUUUCAGGUAUCAGCAACUUGAACUUAAGCCGAAACGACCUCCAUGGUUUCAUACCAAACGUGUUUGGUCCGAGAUCUUACUUCACUGUCAUAGACUUGUCGUACAAUAGAUUGAGAGGUAAUAUUCCGUCGACCAUCUCGUCGGCUUCGUUCGUCGGUCACUUGGAUUUGAGCCACAACCAUCUCUGUGGGAAGAUUCCGGUCGGUUCACCGUUCGACCACCUUGAAGCAUCGUCGUUUACUUUCAAUGAUUGCUUAUGUGGAAAGCCUCUAAGAGCUUGCUAAAUUAAAUGUGCUAAACAAGUUUAUAUAUUGUGAAGAUGGUAUUAUUACCAAGUUAAGACUCAUAAGAGAGGAUUAUGUAUUUCGUGUGUUUUAUUAGAUCAGUACCAAUGAGCAAUGAAGUAUUUUUCAUGCACGUAUUUAUUUACAAAAAAAACAAAACAAAAAAAAACAUG